CGAAAAAUGAAGCGCUUGAUGAAUUGUUUAACCCUACUUUUGACAGUCGGUCUGCAGCUUCAUUUCAUUCAAUCAAUCCGGAUACCCACUGGUCAUGAUAGCCUUAUGGAUGUGAUUUUACUCGAGAGAUUCAAUGAAAAUUUGCCCUUAUUUGCAGUACCGCAGGAACGGCUGACAAGUGAGUCAACAGUACAACGGGCACCGACCGAUCAAUUCAUGGAUAUUUCGAAUGAACAGUACUCUGUUAAUGAGUUGAGAGAAACAAACGCGAUCUCCUCUCAUAUGCGAUCUACAUUAGAACUCACUGAUACGGAUGAACUUGUGGAGAAGAACAGGUUUGAUGCCUCUGCUUCGGAAGUAGUGACUGAAUCUGAGGACGCAAUUCACAAGGACUCGUCUAUGUGGAAUACGGAUUGGGAAUGAUGUGACACUAUUUAUUUGACACUACUUGUUGUGAUAAAAUAAACAUCAACCACUGAU